AUGUCACAGUUCUCUACCAUGACAACCAAUGAGAGGAAGCUGCAAGCAGCAGCCAUCUGUAGGGAGAUACAGGGUCCUGAAGAUGCAGAGAUGGACCUGGGGAAGAAGAUGAGUGUCCCUAAGGAUGUGAUGCUGGAGGAGCUGUCUCUGGCCUCCAACAGGGGUUCCCUCCUCUUCGAAAAGCGCAAGAGGCGCUCCGAGAAAUACACCUUCGAGAACAUCCAGAAUGUAACCAACACACAGAUCAAUAAUGGUGUAACUCUUCAAACGGAGAGUCAGGAAACCAAAGAAAACAGCUUAAGUGUGGAGCAGCAGUUGUCUAAAACGCCCCAGAACAUGCCUGACCUGAGCACAGCCCCUAACCCAGACAACAUCGCACCAGGUUAUGGUGGCCCUCUGAAAGAAAUGGAACCAGAGAAGUUCAACAGAACAUGCCUCCCGAAGUCCUACCACUCCCCCUGGGACCAGGCCAUCUACCACCACGACCCCUCCCUGGCCGAUAGCCUCGUCACCUGCCUGCAAGAGCCCGAGGCCAAGCCAGAAGGACCAGGGUACAAGAGCUUCAACAGGGUGGCUACUCCGUUCAGAGGCUUCGGAGGCAAGUCCACCAGACCGGCCCCAAUGUUCAAGGCCCCCGAGGUGGAAAACAACCCCAUGCCGGAGCUGUACCCCGAGCUCCAGGCGGAGCCGGCAGUGCAGAGGCCCACAUUCAACAGGGUGGCCUGUGGCUGGGCGGGGACCAGCGCCCCACUUAUCCUUCCCACAGUGCCGCUGGUUCCCAUGCUUAUCCCGGAGUCCGAUGACCUUUGAAACUCUGGCUGUUGCUGUGUCUCCCGAGACGCUUCCUGGUUUGCUACCCACAAGUCCUUUUUGGUGGGUUAGGGUCAGAUUAGGGUCAGAGUGAGGGAAGGAGGUAUUUUGGUUUUCCGCUUAGGGCAAGUUAGCUACUUCUUUGUGGCGAAAACACACGUUUCUCUGAUUAACUGGUUGGCCCAUGCCCAAGGUAUUCUGCCCAUCUUCAAACUGCACUUAAAAUAAGUCAACCAUACUUGCCAGAGCUACUAAAUACAGUAUAGGAGCUGUACAUACAUUGAUGUGUAUGAGUGAAAUUGUAUUUGCCUGAUGACAUUUGAUUAUUGGUAUUAGUUGUUUUUUGAGGUAAAUAAAAUUAUGUAAAGCAUAAUGCU